AUGUGGAUCACAGUGAUUGUUUCCGGCAAACAGCGCCUGCGUUUUUCUGGUACACGCCGCAGGCUUGGUCAUCCCAUUUCCCUCGUUCGUCCCAAAGAUUCACCACAACGCAGUGAAAAACGGAAUCUUUUAGCUGAGCCCGAACUUGGUGCUGGGGGCGUUGCAGUCGCAGUCGGCGUCCAAACAGGAGUUACUGUUGUGGUUGUUGUGGACGUUGUUGAAGAUGUCGUAGUUGUUACUGACGUGUUUGAUGAUGCUGUGGUUAUUGUGGUCGUGUUUGAUGAUGUCGUGGUUACUGUGGUCGUGAUUGUCAUUGUUGUUGUGGUUGUAGAAGUGUUUGGCUGCGUUGAUAUGCUUGCUGAAAUUAUAGUUCGCAUUAAACUGAAACACAGGAGUUCACCAUUCACAGUGUUUUUUAGAUACAGGUAUUCGUUACCGAGCAGUUAA